AAGAACAAGUGGGAUAAGUUAAAGGGCGACUGGUCUUGUUGGAAUAAAUUAAUGAGGAAGCAAACUGGGACAGGUUGGGACAGUUCGAAGGGAGUUAUUGUCAUGGACAAUGAGUGGUGGAAGAAGGCGAGAAAGGACAUUCCUGGAUGUGGCAAGUUUAGAAAAAAGCCUCUUCAAAAUCUGGAGCAUCUUUCCAAAAUGUUUGGUGAUAUUUUGAAUGAUGAACAAGGUCAUUGGAAUCCCAUGAGUGACAACCCCAUCAUACCCCCAAGUCAAGAGAAUUUUGUUGAUGCUGAUAAUGUUGUUGGAAUUGGAGAGGAAGAGGUUCAUGACAUCCUGAUGAUAUUGGUAAUGUGGUUGGAGGUGAGGAGGAUGAGGUUCAUGAGGUUUCACCUUGCAUUGCUAAUGCAAAGAAAAAACCUCGUGUUCUUUUUGAAAAAAAUAAGAAGCCAAAGUCAAGCACAGCACUUGUUAUCCAAGAUAAAAUCACAAAGACAAGGAGAGGUGACAAUCAAGGAAGUCAUGGAUAUGGUCUUGGAAUGUGGGGCCGUACACGGUUCCGAUGAGCAUUAUAUUGCCACACAGUUAUUUGUGAAGAAGGACCAACGGGAAAUGUUCAAGACCCUUCCUAAAGAGUUUAGGUUCAAUUGGCUUAAGAGGAGAUACAACGACAAGUAUGGAAAUUGAAGAAGUAGUGUGUUGGCGCAUGAAUUUUUCUUACGUCAUGUCAUUUGAACUAUUUGCUUUAUGUAUGUUGGAGUGAACUAUUUUGUCAUUGUAUGCCACU